AUGGCGGCCCAUCCCGCCAUUUCGUCAGUGUUAUUUGCUCUCGGGCAAAAAGUUAGAACAUCCAACGUUGGCGGGGUCAUAUCCAAGGCGGACUUGCUUGACGUGAUCGUUGUAUUUUGCGAUUCGGAGGCAUCGGCUUCGAAUGCGGUUCAACGUACUCGUGAGGUGGUGCAACGUAGAGUGAAUCGUUGGUUGAAGACGAACUCUCCGGAAAGAGCCGGCUAUCUACACAUUGUCGACGGUCUCCGGGCACCGCUCUCUGUGGAGUAUUUUGGUCCUGAUGUUGUGGUGGAGGUGCUCCGGCAUUUCGGAGCCGUUAUCACAGAUGAGUCUCGAGGUGACUUUGUGCACAGGAUGCAAGGGAGUGACAGUGCCACAGGAGAGGACAUGGCAAUUCAUCUUGAUCCUCACCCGGUCAUGUUGCAUGAGAAGAAUUGCACCCAAUUUCGAGAAGACAGCUUGGCCAAAGAUGGGAGAGCCAAAGGACAGCGACAGCAGCAUGAAAGCAACACCUUGCCAGACUACCUUCGGGCUAAGCAGAAGUUGGCGAUCACGCGGACAGGCGCGGGUGAAGAUGCUCCAGGUAGAUACCUCACGGUCCCUAGUACGGUGGCCCUGGCUUUGAGACGGAACUUGAGCAACGUGUCCUGUGCUGACCUGGGGUUGGUAAUUCUGGACGACGCUAGCAGGUGGAGUGUGUCUAGGUCAGAGGUAAGGGCUGGGGCAGCUGCCACGGCUUCAAUGCGUGAGUGGCAUGCAGGGAUGCUCCAGGAGAUGUUUCAUCCAGAUGGUGCAGAGGAUUUCAAUCUGUCUUUGCACAUCGUGUCCCAAGAUGCAACGAAUUCUGGAAUCUGGCAAAAGCGCAAGUUGAUUGCUCUUUUGUGUCAUUCUGCCUAUUUGGUGUCGUUGCCGUCCAAAUUCAGAUGGUCCUGGCAUGACAUGUUUCGCGAAAUUCGGGCCAUUGCAGAUGUGCAACCAGUGGAAGAUGGAAGCGGCCAAGGCUCUGUUUCGAUGACGACAAAAAUGCUAAAGAGCAUAAACUGCCCGACAGUGCAUGACUUGGUUGCCAAGCAUGCAGAGCUUAAAGCCGAUGGUCAACAGCGUCAACAGCAUCAACCCUCAGAUGAGAAGCCCGCAGACGCAGAUGCGAAGUUCCUUUGCGUAGAGUGGCGGGCUGACGACUCUGUCCAGUGGCCUGUCCAUGUCUAUGUCUUUGUGACAGACAGAGGACCAAAUGAAGUUCUUGCGCGCAAGAUAUGGCAGUGUGUCAGCUCUGCAUGUGAGCACGUGGUGGUGCUAGGAAGUGAUUGCCUGGAGCAUGCAGCUCAUUUGGUCACAGUCAGCUCACUUAAGCUCGUUGACAAGCUCUUGCCAUUGCAAUUCGAAGGGAAAGGUCGUGCAUGGAAGUACUUUUCAUCGCUUGCGACUUUCUCCAUCACCGUGCGGGAUUCAUCCAAAGACUUUUUCCAGAUGUGGUGUCAAGAACACGGAGAUUUGUCCGGUGUCAAGCACGCCAAAAGUCUUUGGCCGAAGUGCGUGGCAGGACGUUGGAAUUCCUGCAGCGACGUUGAGCGUCGAAUGCACGAUUCUGGUGGGCAGGCUACGGUUUUACCGGUGAUGCGACGACUCAUGGGAGCCAAGCGCGAGGCGGCGCCAGCUAAAGAACACCAGAGCAUCGACGAGAUUGCUGUAGAGGAGACUGCUCAUUACACCCAACAGAUGGGCAGGUGGCGUGCCACCACCCUCAAAUGCGUGGAGGACCCGUUGUGGUGGACAGUAGCUGAAGCUAUGAGGAUGGCACGUUCGCCUGCACUGCACCUCUCGGUUCCUCGCGGCUUGCAGUCUGCAGCAUGCAUUGUGACAUUGUGUGGCUGUGUGGCUGUGGCAAUGCAAUGCUUAUAA